CAAUCAGGACGGCCAAACAAAACGUAUAUAUCUGGGGUUCUGAUUUCGUGAUAAGAUUAUUUAAUGGAACCGACUGAGUGAAAGUUAUGUACAAAUGACGUCUUUCUGUAUUUUUUUUUUUUUUCAGGUUCCCCUGUACUCAGAUUGCUGGGAGGAGCUUGAGGAAAAGGGCAUUCUCAGGAUGGAUCUUGUCGAUCAUGUUUUUGCAGAUUUCAUUCAGAAGGGCCUUUCAAAGGAGGAUAUUUUAAACAUGAUGGAGCUGUAUGGUUUAAUUGCUAAAUUUUCCUUCUGUCCAACGGAUGGCGAACGUAAACAGAAGUACUUUGUACCAUCCUUGCUCAGGUCGCCCCCUUCAGGCCUGUAUGAGAUAAAGCCCUCUAAGUGUGAUCCUUGCCCACUGUAUCUACACUUCCCUGAUGGCUUUGUACCUCAUGGGCUCUUUGCUCAACUUGUGUCAAGAUGCAUAGUUUGGUGUUCUGGGUGCAGCCCCGAAAUACCUGAAUUGUACCAAAAUGGAGCCAUGUUCUUCUUCAUUAGAAAGCAACACAUUUUUGAUUUGGUUCUUAUUUGCAGAAAGAGCUUUAUCAAGAUCAUAAUGACACGAAAUCCUCAGGCUUCAGCUCCUUCAACCACAUAUUCAGCGACAAAGGCUCGUGAAGUUCGUGUCUUUUUCGAAGGCACAUUGAAAAAAAUGUCAGGAGAGUUAUCCUGGCUACGUAACCUGCGGUUUGAACUGUGUGUUGCCUGCACCCACUGCUUAAAAAGUCCUGACCAAUGUAGCAGACAUAGUUCCGUUCGCUGUGCUGACGAUGACUGCCUGCGUGACUGUCUUCUUCCGUUACGUCCGGAAGAACAGCUGAACUGCCGGAAGAACUACGCCAGGGAACAAAUCAAAAUCUGUGGAUUGGAAAAAUGGUUGCUGGUCCAUGAAAUUGAGAGUGAGGAACGAGAGUCGGUUUCUGGGAACCCAGAAGGACCUGCUGUGAAACGAAAGAUAGCAUCGUCAGGUACAUGUAGCAGUGCAAAACCUCCUAAAAUCACGCGAUCUGAAGUGAAGCAAAGGAGAAAAUCACCAAGUAACAGCUUAAAACGUCCGCAACCCACAUCUGACAGAUCUGAUGAAAAUUUUGCGGGGCCUGCUAUGAAGCAAAAGAGAGAAUCGCCAGGUAGCAGUGCAAAUUACCCUAAACUAACGCGUGAGUAUCUAAACUAAACGGCUAAAUUCUACUACGCAUUUAUUUUGAGGAGCAACUUUAGGCCAGUCUUUUAUUGGAAGCGCAGUGGCCACAUGGUUAGUGCGCUUGUCUCCGGAUCGAGCGGGCCGGGUUUGAGAACGUAAAACAGUCGUUUUACCUUUUACCUUAGUUCACGUAACUCGGGGGUGACAGCAACAAAAUAGGCGUUUUGCAAAAGACGGUCACAUGGUACAAAAUCCGCUGUGCAGUAGGGCAAGCUACGCGCUGGGACAAAAAAAGACAAAAAAACUACGUAUAAUGUCAUCGUUUUUGCAAAA